AGGCGCUCUGCCUGGCAGGAAGCGUCUCCGCCGCGUUUCUGUCCACGCGCCAACCAUGGCGCCUUCUCCGGCCGUGCUGACCCGGCUGCUGUGUGCAGGUGUGUGGCGCUGGCCAAGUUUCCUGCAGAAGGCGACCCCGGGCCCGGCGGGGCUGAAUGGUAGGACAGUGUCGGGAGCUCAAGUCCCCGUGGUCAGCGAGCCCCAGGACGACGACGAUCUCCAGAGCAGGAUCCUAGAUGUGCCCCUGCAACAUUCGGACUUCUUCAAUGUCAAGGAGCUGUUUUCUGUGAAGAGCCUCUUCGAGGCCCGAGUACACCUGGGCCAUAAAGCCGGUUGCCGGCAUAGGUUUAUGGAGCCAUACAUCUUUGGGAACCGCCUGGGUCAAGACAUCAUCGACCUGGAACAGACAGCCUUGAACCUACAGCUGGCCUUGAACUUCACCGCUCAUGUGGCCUACCGCAAGGGCAUCAUCCUGUUCGUGAGCAGGAAUCGGCAGUUCUCUCACUUGAUCGAGAAGACAGCCCAGGACUGCGGAGAGUACGCCCACACGCGUUACUUCAAGGGUGGUCUGCUGACGAACGCACACCUCCUCUUUGGGCCCACAGUCCGCCUGCCAGACCUCAUCAUCUUCCUGCACACGCUCAACAAUGUCUUUGAGUCCCAUGUGGCUGUGAGGGAUGCUGCCAAGAUGAACAUCCCCACGGUGGGCAUUGUGGACACCAACUGCAACCCGUGCCUCAUCACUUACCCUAUCCCUGGCAACGAUGACUCGCCCCAAGCUAUCCAGCUCUUCUGCAAGCUUUUCCAGACAACCAUCAACAGGGCCAAGGAAAAGAGGAGGCAGAUGGAGGCACUGCAUCGGCUGCAGAGUUCUAGGGGGUCUGAGGGCAGUGGGACAUCUGCACCUGAUAAAAGCCAUUCCCCAUGACGGGAACCUCUGCUCCCACACUAGACAGGCAAGCCUGUUCUGAGCAGGAAACUCCUGUCCAACCCUGCCUGUAUCCUCAUUCCCCAUCCUCAGCAUCAGAGUCCUAUAUUCCCAGAUCUGGCCACCCCAGAGUCCGAUCAUCCUGAGUUAAACCUGGUCUGCCUUUUUUCUGGGAGCAAACUCAAGUAAAGUACAUAUCCAUGUGGCCUCUGGCAUCCACUAAGACUUGGACAUAGCUAGCCAAAUGGAAGGCACUGUUUCUCUCUUGUCAGGAAGCCCUUGCUUCCACUUUGGGUGUGUAUCAGGUGGGUUUUCAAUUAAAAUUAAUACUUCAUUCUCUGUCAGAAAUUCCGAGCAAGACAAUACUGAUGUCCCUUAGGGCCCCCAAUAGUCGCCUCUAGAUCUAUAACCAGACUUAAAGGCUAAGCAGGCUCCUAGAAGGGUAGGAAGUAUAGUCCCUAAGGAGGUGUGCUGCACCAUUAAAGAGCUUACUGAGUUUGCUAAUCCAUUCAAGCAGUCGGGAAUAUGUGUAGGAGUGGAUUUUAAGGUGUGGGAUAAUGGUGAAAGGAACACAGAACUGAAUCAGGCUGAGUUUGUUGAAAAGGACCCUCUGAGUGGAGAUCUAGGUUCACUACAGAAACUCGCAGUUAAAAUAAAAAAGUGUCCACAGUUUGCUUGAAAGGUUGGCUGAAGCAUUUGUCAAAAGAUGACCUGGGAGCAGGAAGGUCCUUGUGCCCACAGAUCAUUGGGGAAACCAGAAAUAUUAAUCACACAGAUGUCUCCUCAAAGAAGGGGUAAAUACCUGCUUUCCAUGAAGAAGGCUGGAAGUGGAUACUGUUAUGACUUGGUGACCUUUGCUAUCUGUAGAACCAGACCUCACCCAAAGUCCUCAGGAUGUUUACCUAGACUUCCCCUCCUUAGACCUUUUUUGGUUUUUUGAUUUUCAGUUUGGUUUGUUUGGUUUUGGUUUUUCAGGACAGGCUUUCUCUGUGUAGCCUUAACUAUCCUGGAACACACUCUGUACAUCUCAAACUCACAGAGAUCCGCCUGCCUCUGCCUCCCAGAGUGCUGGGAUUAAAGACGGGCCACCACUGUCCCAUUAGCUUUGUUUAUCAGUCAAUAGAACUCAUCCUUAGGGGAGAUGUCACAGGUCCUUUAAAACCUGCUGACCUCUAUAUAGGCUAUCUGGGUCAGAGACCAGACAGAUCCUAGGCCCUUAAACAACAGAACCCAUCUUCAUGGUCACAUGUACUUUGAGCUGAGUUUCAGUGUGAUUAUGCCUCCCUGUGCAUCAGGGAUUAUAUUACACCAGGAAGCUUUUUUUCCCAAAUUGUACCAUGUUUAAAUGUGCUUACAAUAAACCACCUGAUGUCAGAUGCUCUAGAACUUGGAACCAGCACCAACUAAGUUGGACUGAACUGAGUUUUCCUUCAAGGUUUGUUUCUCUGCAGGCCUUGACACUUACAGGGACCCCCAUAGCAUACUGAAAAGGAGUUGGAGUUGCCUGAUAUCCCUUGGUUUAGUGUUGACAAAGGGUUUUUAAAGUUCAGGGAAAUUGCAGUGCUGAAGUGAGUAUGUUGUGUAAAACAUACUCCACAUGGGAAGGCCUAGAAGACACACCCUUCACUAAUCCUGUAAGACACAAAAUGGUGAGGGGCAGAAGCACAUUUAAGAAGAUCUGCUGUCACGUACUGGCUUUGUGGGAGCCUAGGCAGUUUGGAUGCUCACCUUACUAGACCUGGAUGGAGGUGGGUGGUCCUUGGACUUCCCACAGGGCAGGGAACCCUCGUCUUUGGGCUGACGAGGGAG